UGAGCCAGGGCCAGUAUGAGACAGCGGAUUCUAGAGCGGCAUCAUGCAGUAGUUACUGAGAGCAUCUGUUCUGCUGUACCAGCCUCAUCCCUGCUCACAGCCGCCUGCACACCCUGCCCAAUCCUCCCCCAGAAGCAUCACACAACCCAGGACCAAGGAUUUUGUGAUGCCCCCAAAACGGAGACUUUCAAAAGAGAAGAAAGAUCCAAAGAAACCAGAGAAUACAACAGCUGCGUCGAGCAGCAGCCAGGAUAAGGCAAACAAGUCACAGGAAAAGCUGGUUCGGGUUGCGCCAGCCAAAGGUCCUGGACGUCGCGCCAAAGAGGACAUUACAGUAUCUACCCCAGUUAUUCAUACGAGUGCCUCUGCGCAAUCAUUGCCGGACAAACUUCAGGAAACCAUAAUGUCGGAUAAAAGUGACCUUAAGGCGGAACUAGAAAGGAAGAAGCAACGCUUGGCCCAAAUCCGAGAGGAGAAGAAACGCAGAGAGGAGGAGAGGAAAAAGAAAGAGGCCGAACAGCAACAAAAGACAGAGCCCGUUCAUGAAGACACGGACCUGGACCGCAAAAGACGCGAGACAGAAGCCUUACUGCAGAGCAUUGGGAUCUCUCCGGAGCCACCUUUAGUCCCAACCCCGGUGUCGCCUUCAUCCAAAUCAGUGAGCACGCCCAGCGAGGCGGGCAGUCAGGACUCCGUGGACGGCACCAUCAUGGGACGGAAUAUUCCGAACAGCCUCAUGGGGACCCUGCAGUGGGACACUGAUCCUUCCGUUUUGCAGCUUCAUUCAGAGUCUGAACUCGGACGGAGGACAAUUAAACUUGGCGUCUCGAAGAUCACACAGGUGGAUUUCCUGCCCCGGGAGGUUGUGUCAUAUUGUAAGGAGACUCAGACACCGGUGACCACCCACCAGGCUGAAGAAGAGGAAGAGGAUGAGGAAAUGGUGGAACUUAAAACAGACCACGAUUCUGAAUUUGAAAACCAGAAGGAGAAGCAAGAUUCGAAAGAAGUUCCUCCUAGGGAACUGACCGAAGAAGAAAAACAGCAAGCAGUGCACUCCGAGGAAUUUAUAAUCUUCUUUGAUCGAACGAUCCGUGUCAUUGAGCGAGCCCUGGCGGAAGACUCCAAUAUAUUCUUUGACUAUAGCGGAGGAGAUUUGGAGGAUAAAGAAGGGGACAUUCAAGCCGGGGCCAAUCUCUCCUUUAAUCGACAGUUCUACGAUGAACAUUGGUCGAAACAUCGGGUGGUCACUUGUCUUGACUGGUCGCUGCAGUAUCCAGAACUAAUGGUGGCAUCUUAUAAUAAUAAUGAAGACGCCCCUCAUGAACCCGAUGGUGUCACCUUGGUAUGGAACAUGAAGUUCAAGAAAACCACUCCAGAAUAUGUAUUCCAUUGUCAGUCAUCGGUGAUGUCUGUCUGCUUUGCACGGUUUCAUCCAAAUUUGGUGAUUGGCGGGACAUACUCUGGACAGAUAGUACUGUGGGAUAAUCGCAGCCACAGGAGGACUCCAGUUCAGAGGACGCCACUUUCUGCUGCAGCACACACGCAUCCUAUCUACUGUGUGAACGUGGUGGGGACGCAGAACGCGCACAACCUUAUUACUGUUUCCACAGAUGGUAAAUUGUGCUCCUGGAGUUUGGAUAUGCUUUCAGCUCCGCAGGAAAGUAUGGAACUUGUCUACAAUAAAUCCAAGUCAGUAGCAGUGACUGGGAUGGCGUUCCCUGCUGGAGAUGUUAACAAUUUUGUAGUAGGGAGCGAGGAGGGGACGGUUUACACGGCAUGCCGCCAUGGAAGCAAAGCUGGCAUCAGCGAGGUGUUUGAAGGGCACCAGGGCCCGAUCACAGGACUGAACUGCCACAGCGCCGUGGGAGCCAUUGACUUCUCCCAUCUGUUCCUGACAUCGUCCUUCGACUGGACAGUAAAGCUGUGGACAACAAAGCACAACAAGCCGCUCUACUCCUUUGAAGAUAACGCAGACUAUGUGUACGACGUCAUGUGGUCCCCGCAGCACCCUGCGCUCUUCGCCUGUGUGGACGGGAUGGGCCGCCUGGAUCUCUGGAACCUGAACAGCGACACCGAGGUCCCUACCGCAAGCACAACUGUGGAAGGAGCAUCUGCGCUUAACCGUGUCCGCUGGGCUCAGAGCGGCCGAGAGGUGGCGGUCGGCGACUCCGAAGGUCGGAUCUGGAUCUACGAUGUCGGAGAGUUUGCUGUUCCACACAGUGAUGAAUGGGGCCGGCUUGCCCGUACUUUGGUCGAGAUUCGUGCCAAUCGAGGUGAUGGGGAAGAAGAAUCUGGAGAACUGUCAACCUGAUUGCCCAAUGUACGCCACCAGCAGCACAGUAUUUAUUUGUAACUGAAUGUACCGGUAUCUCCAUUAUUUUUUGCUGUGAUCUUUCAAAUUGCCGCCAGUCCAGCUCCACUUUCAGCUUCUUGUUUAUAUAGUGCCCAGCCCAGCCGAGACAUCCUGUCGUCUCUCCAUAUUGUGCAGACAAUCUACACUCGUCUCCUGUCCUUCCCUGGUCGACAAAUCUUUCACUGUGUGCCAGUAUUUUAAUUAAAUGCAGUAUAUCAUAGCCAGCACGCCAGUUAUUCCUAGAAUUAACAUUUUUUUAUAUACAUAUUCAUCCACUAAGAAUUGCUCCAUAUUGCAGAAUGAGUCAUGCACAGGUUUGUUCAGGCCUGAGACAUUCAUAUUCUUCCAAAACAUGGUGAUGGUGGUGGCUUUGUGCCACAAAGCACAACAUGGCAGGCAACAAGCUCCAUGAUCUUGUUCAUAGGAGUCAACACUGGAGAAGUUACUCCUAAAUGAGUGAAAUUAGUUUAUUAGGAAAACAGGUUGAUAAAGCGUGAAACAACCACAUAGAUCGGUCAGAAAUGAGCACAGAACGAUAGUCAUUUCCCUUCACCCACUCUUGGCAGGUAAUAAAAAGUACAUCAGGGACAACAAUGAAAAAGGUUGCUCUAUGUUAAUGAGAAUACAAAAUCAAAGCUUUUGCAAGGCACAAAGGAACUUUUAUUAUAUAUAUAUAUAUAUAUAUAUAUAUAUAUAUAUAUAAAAAACCAUUGUACUUGAGAGCCCAUCAAUAGUUGAUUGGUUUAGGUCCAACCUUUGGGACCCAUGCCAAUAUGCAGCCUCAUUGCUCAAGUGAAUGGGAUGACCACAUUAUGAAGCACAACUAUUCACACAGAUGAGCCGAUCUUACCUGUGUGACCAAUGCGCUUGGGUUUCAAACUUUAAAGGUAUGACCAUUUCCACCCACAUGAACCAAAAAUUGAAGAUGUAUCUUAAAGUGGGGAUAGUCUAGGUUCCAGAGAACCCAAUAAAUACAAUAAAACUGUAAUUGCUCUCAACAUUCCCUCACAAGGUGGAAGUAACAAAAACAUGUGAAAUGGUGAGUUAUUGGGGGGGGGG